AUGGCAGACGACUCUGGUUUCCAUGCACCCGAGGGUCUUCAAGCCUGGCUAUGUGCCGCACUGGCGGAUUCGCUACCUAGAGACCUUUCUUCACUUCAAGGGGCCGCUCUUAAUGUUACUGUGGGACCCACACCUGGCACCUCGUGGGUCCGACUCUGGUGGUUCCCUCUACUCUACGGAGGUGUGCUCCAUGCGCAAAAGGCCUUGGACCGGUCAUGGCGCUGUCAGUGGCAAGGGAAACUGGCCAGAGUUGGUACCUGUUCUGGAAGUUGCCUGGACAAAGACGCAUGUUUUGGGUCACCUGGCUAUGAUGUACUGGACGAAUACUGA